AUGCCUUUGCGGUUUUUACGCUACUACAGUCUGUUUGGGACGACAUCAAACUAUUCUCUCCCGUUCAGUAACAUUUCAAACGUGAGCUGCGAUCUACUGUACAACUAUACUUCAUACAACCGAUGGGAGACCCUGCGCACGGAUCCAACUAUUAUGUUAUACCUGAUCAUCAACGUGGCAGGUGUCAUUGGGAACAGUUUGAUUAUUGCUCUUCUACGAAAACGUACGCUUGGCGGACGAUUACCAACCAUUCUGUUCCGAGCUCAGUCCAUUCUUGACCUUACCGUGAACCUGGAAUCGAUUGCUUUCGGAAUAUUCAGCGAACUUUGGAAUGUCUCGUCUGAUCCGCUUCUCAACCUGUGGAUAUGCCAUCUCUGGCAUAGUCAGUUUCUAUUUUGGUUCAGUGUUCAACUAUCGAUUGGAAAUCUUGUUCUAGUGGGAAUGGAGCGGUUUUUGGCGCUAUCUUUCCCCCUGCUUUAUCAGAGAUUAAUCCCGCACAAAGUUGCACUCUAUUGGAUGUUGACAAAUACAAUCUACAACCUGGUUCUCGCAUCGCCCAAUAUUCUAGAAACCCGGAUUGAUGAUGGUUGCUGUGUUGGGCAGAAGCACAUGGAUUCUGUGAGAGGAAUACUUCGAACCUAUGCCAUUGUAUGGUUUUUUAUGAUAUAUUUGUUAGCUCUGAUUUUGUUGAUCUUGUUCUACGGCGGGGUGGUGCUGGCACUUCGCCAGUCUGUUGUGAUUAGUCGUGCCCCGACAAGGUCAAAGGUCAUGAUGCGGUUCACACGGAUGGCCAUCGUUAUCACCUUCGUGUACAUCACCUGUGUCUCGUAUGACGCUUUCGCCUACCUCGCAGGUCGAACUGGUUUGUGGUCGUAUCAGUACAACACAGUGUGGCAUCGGAUAGGAAUGCUGACUGUUUCGAUCAAUUCAUCUGCAAACCCGUUCAUCUACUACGCCUUUGUGUUGCGAGAUUCUUGUAGACGAAACUUCGGCCUACACGGCUGUUCAGCUCGAUCCGGCACAAACGUGGUCAAUGUGUCGCAACCCAGUCCCCAUUCGAACGGUUUUCGUGGAAAGCCUUGCCAUGCGUCAGUCGAUUCUUCACCGAGUAUCCAACCGAAAUUGAAGAUGGAACCGUUGUAA